GCUGCCUCUGUGAGGACAUAUUUGUUAUUGGUGUACACAAGUUUAGGUGAGGCUCCCGAGGUUAAGGGGUGAGGCCGUUAAGAUUGUCUUCCUAGAGGUAAAGGAGGCUACGAGUAAUGCGGAUGGUGUUGUGAAGGAUGACUUGAGCUGGGACGGCAUCACAAGAAUCGGUAAAGAUCGUGAGCAUUGUGUGGAUGGAUCCCAGCAAACAGGCCAGCAACAAGGACUGUUCUUGUUACUAAGGAUUUGAGUUCAACUGAAGCUAAAAUCUCUACAUGUCUUACAAUGGAGAACCCCACUUGGAAUUGAAUAGUUUGGAGGACCUAUCCUGUCAUCUUCUGUGUUUUGUAUUUUAAUGUAAGGUGAAGUAAUACCUGUAAAAUUCUUAUAUGUGGAUACACUCUACUCAGUAACAAGCUGUUAUUGGAACUAAGACACACUGAAUGUUUGAAAACAUGGAGAGUGAAAAAAGUAUCCUGGUUGCCAGUACUGUCGACGGUUAUAUGAGGGGGGAGAGAGUCUGGGAAGGACCCCAUGCUGGACGUCAUGCAUCUCAGAACAGUAGGAACUUGCCACUUAUAUGCCGUCCCUGGCGACUGUGGCACAGGGCCACUCUGUGUUUUGCAGGCCCAAGAAAAGCUUCUUGGAGGCGGUGUAUUCUUGGGGCUGCACUUAUAGUCAUCGUGGUGGUGAUUUAUUCAUUCAGUGAAUCAUCUCAUCGAUCAUUGUUGAGCUAUGUUUUGUGUUCCAGCUUGGUACGGGGCCGCCCACCCGAGUCACUGUUUCGGUGCAACAACAUGGGCAACACUACUCUCCCUCAUCUCCGAGUGCCCCCAAAGACCUUGGAGAAUAAACUACGUGAAGAUCCCAAGGUGUUGCUUUUUACGGAGACUCGGUACUCAAAAACUGGGAAAGCCAUCACAAAUAUUCUUGUAGCAAAUAGAAUCAAGUACAAAAUGGAAGUUUUGGGUAAGUCACUGCCUGGACUCACCAAUCUUUCAAGAGGCAAAUAUGGCACAGUAGUGUUUGAGAACUUUGAACGUUACCUUCAGAUAGACCCUUGGAAUCGGGAACUCUUGGACAAGUACUUUCGAGACUAUAAUGUUGGACUGAUUGGGUUUAUGCCGUCACAUGAGGACACUCAAGUUGGGGCUAAGCUCCGGGGCUUUCCUCUCUACGUACAUACUAACAUGGCAUUAGAGAAUAUCAGCCUCAAUGGUGAAAACCCAGUUCUACAGCUGACCAGGGCUGGAGGAACAAUCACAGACAACUUACUAGGGAUGGCCUGGACUGUGUUUUCACCGGAUGAUACUACCUAUGUGCCUAUAGAAUGGGCUUACUCAAGUGUUCCUCACUACUCUGAAGAAAAGUUGAUUACUGUUGUUCUGGACAAGGGAGAAUUUGAUGGUAUUCAACGAGUGUUAUUUGGGGGCAAUUUAGAGUUCUGGCUGCACCGGCUGCUAUUUCUUGAUGCCAUGUCCUACCUCAGCAUGGGCCGUAUUUCCAUUUCUAUGGAUCGCUAUGUUUUGGUUGACAUAGAUGACAUUUUUGUUGCAAAAAAAGGGAUACGUAUGACUGCAGAUGACGUGAUGGCACUUCUGGAUUCUCAAAAGCGUCUUCAAGAAAUGGUACCAGGCUGGAAAUUUAACCUUGGCUUCAGUGGCAAAUACUACCAAAAUGGCUACCCAGAAGAGAACAUUGGUGAUAGGAAACUUCUAGAGCAUGUGGAUGACUUUUGGUGGUUUGGUCACAUGUGGGGGCACACACAACCUCAUUUACUUUCCCCAAAAGACCUUGAGGAACAGAUGGAGCUCAACAAGCAGUUUGCUAUGAAGCACAACAUACCAACUGACUCAGGUUAUGGUGUUGCCCCACAUCAUUCUGGUGUAUACCCAGUCCAUGAAGCCUUGUAUGAUGUAUGGAAGAAGGUGUGGAAUGUACGAGUGACAUCCUCGGAGGAAUAUCCUCACCUUCAUCCUGCUCGACUACGAAGAGGCUUUAUUCAUCGUAAUAUUAUGGUACUGCCAAGACAGACUUGUGGCCUAUUUACUCACACAAUAUUUAUAGACCAGUAUCCUGGAGGACGCAACAUACUUGAUGUCAGUAUCCAUGGAGGAGAGCUCUUCCAAACCAUUGUGUUCAGUCCAGUCAGCAUCUUCAUGACUCAUCUAAGUAACUAUGGGAAUGACCGGUUGGCCCUCUAUACAUUUGAGUCUGUUAUCAAGUUUGUUAAGUGUUGGACAAACCUCAACUUGCGUACUGUGCCGCCACUUCAGCUUGGAGAGAAAUACUUCCAUCUCUUUCCAGAAGAGAGAGAUCCCAUAUGGGGGUACCCGUGUGCAGACCAUCGGCAUCUUGAGAUAUGGGCAAAGAAUAAGUCUUGCGAGCAGCUGCCUAAGUUCCUGGUUAUUGGCCCACAGAAAACAGGAACAACAGCUCUCUAUACCUUUCUGGCUAUGCAUUCUGCCAUUGUUGCCAACUAUCCAUCUCCUGAAACUUUUGAGGAAGUCCAAUUUUUCAAUGGAAAAAAUUACUAUAAGGGAAUUGAUUGGUACAUGAAGUUCUUUCCAGUUCCAGCAAAUUCUUCUAGCAAGUUUCUGUUUGAGAAGAGUGCCACAUACUUUGAAGGGGAGACAGUGCCAAACAGGGUGAAGGCUCUUCUACCUCAUGUGAAGCUGGUGAUUACAAUCAUUCCUCCGAGCAAGCGAGCAUACUCCUGGUAUCAUCACAUGCGUGCCCACAAUGAUCUCACAUCCCUACAGUAUAAUUUCCAUGAGGUCAUCACAGCAACAGACAAGGCACCACGACAACUCAGGACUUUGCGCAACAAAUGCUUGAUACCUGGGAUGUAUGCCAAGCAUAUAGAAAGAUGGCUAGACUUUUUUCCUGCCUCACAAGUAACCAUCAUUGAUGGAGAGGAGCUGAGAAAUGACCCAAUCUACAUCAUGAAUGAUCUUCAAAAAUUCCUCAAUAUUGAACCAUUUUACAACUAUACUGAGCACUUAAGAUUUGACAAGAGGAAAGGUUUCUUUUGCCAAGUAAUAGAAGAAGACAAGACCAAGUGUCUGGGGAGGGGAAAGGGUAGGAUCUAUCCUGCCAUGAAUGAAUCUGAUGCAAAGUUACUGAAGGAGUACUACCAGCCAUACAACAUAGCCCUGGAGAAGUUACUUACCCGCCUUGACUACCCAGUGCCUGGCUGGCUGGAAGAUGAGUUGCAGUAGAUAUUGUUGAAUAAAUAAGAAGUACAGUAUCUAAAUUACCAGGCAUGGUAAUGCUUAGCGAAUUGUAUUUAGUGUACAUCAGUAUGGGUGAUAUUCACUCACAGGGUGUAUGUUAGCUUCAUUAACCAGUCAUAAACUCUCAUAAUAUUAUGUGGGGUUUGAUGGCUUACAUGCAAAAGUCACUUAUUUAUUGCGAUAUUUUAGUGUACCUAAAUUUUCAAGGAAUGCAGGAGUUCCUUGGAAGUUGUUGGUAAAAACUGAAGACUCAAGUAGUAUAUGCAUGCCUACAAUAAAUUAUAAGAAUAAUAAUUUUAUUUUAGAAUAUUAAUUUUUUUUGAAUACAGUAUAUACAAAAUAUAUAUAUAUAUAUAUGUGUGGGGAGGACUACAUGAUUUGCCAUCUUUCUCUGGUGGUUAGGCAGCUCAAAUUAAUUUUUAGUUGUUCUGGGCAAGUGUGUCCAUAGCAACUACGGACACAUAAUUUACUGUGACCUGGGAGCAGUGGUUCAGUGGUGGCAGCCCCCAAAUUAUAUUUGCUAGUUGCCAUUCACUUUUAACCUGAGAAACAAAGUACUUAAUGCAUUUUAUUAAAAUAUUUUUGAAAGCGUACCCUCAAUUACAUAUUGUUUAGCUAAGGGGCUUCCUUUUACUAGCAGUCUUAAAAUAAGUCUAUGAAACUGGACCAUGUUUCUUAUUUUAGAAGGUUUACUUGCACACACUCAACAUAUAUUUUGUACGAUUUACAUUUUUUUCACAAAGGUACAGAUAUGACUGGAAUCAAGACCAAACUUAUACAUAUAUUCCUUCAUCUGAUAUUGUUCAUUAAUUCUAUGGUAUCCCCUUCUACAAGCAGAUUUCAAAUUAUCAAUCUGUUGCCUCACACAACCUAUCAUCACCCAUCAGUAGUACAGUCAUUCCCCAAACACAUUUAACACUGUGCUCACUGGUCAUUCAUGUCCAGUAUACACUACUGUAUUAAUAUUUCCUGUGUCCAUGCAUCUUUUCAUGUAACCUGGCUACAUUUUGACAAAAUGAGAGUAGUGUUUUUUUUUAAAUCCCCAGAAUAAAUUCAUCACCUUGAAAAUAUCCUGUCUGUUUGUGGUAGUGAGGAAUGAUAGGGAAAAUAUAAACUUCUGUAUCUUUCAUUCCAUGAUAGCAUAUGUAUGCCAUGAGAUGAGCAUUGUCACUGAAAUCAGUAGAUUCAUUCAGCUGAAGACAAAAUUGCCCACUCGUUUUUAUUGCUGCAAUCACCUUCUGUUUGAUGUAUUUCAACACAUAAUAGAUACAUGCAAGACCUGUAUCAUUUCACAAAGUAUUAUGAUCAACUUCUUAGCGAUGUCGUCUGUAGACGAAAUACACCGUGUCGAGAGCAGCAAGUUUCACAAAUACCUUAACAAUGGUGUGAAAAGCUUAUUGUAGUUUUCAUUCUUAUUCAUUAUGUUGACAGUAUCUAAUGCCAUGUGAAAUACAAUCACUAUUAAUUUACAUUAUACUGUAUGUUUUUCUGACACUACUUCGGGCCAGCUGCUCACAUUCACGAUUGAGUUACAAAUCCAUUGGUAGUCAAGCUGGCUGGUGUAACAGUGAUAUCAUUAAUAACCAAUCACAGUUCUAGAUCCCCAGGAGCAAAUGAGAACUCCAUCCAGUGAGUGAUAAGAAAACUAGUGAUGUAAAAAGCGCCUAAUUUGAACACCUUGUUGACAUUGAAGACUCCAUUAGGGUAGCCACUAUUGGAUUCCAAAUGAAAGUUUAAAGUCACAGGAGACCCUUGUCAACCCAUCUCUAAAUGGCUUAGUAACCCAGUUUGAGUCACAAUCCAGGGGUUAAGAACCACUGGUGUGUAAGGAGUCAAGUUGAUAUUAUACAGUAGUUUGUUCAACUUUUCAUACGUAAUGGUGGCUAACCUACACAAGCGUAGGGAGUGAUAAUAUUUGUAUUUUAAAAUAUAUUAAAACCAUCAAAGUUAAGUUUUCUAAAAAAAUAAAUAAAUAAAUAGAAGACCUUUGGAUACAAAACUUGUUUUGGUACAAUGACACAGUUGAGAGUAGGUUUUGAGUGAUGUACUGUACAAAUAUUUGAAAUGAUGCACAGUUAAUAUACCAUUACUUUUAUGAUAUCCCAAAGGAAUCCAGUCACAUGACCUGUCUCCUAAGUUGAGGUAAUGGUGGGGAUUAAGGGUAAUCUUCUUGAUGACAGUUUUCAGGAUCAGGUCAGUGGACCCCGGACCUGAUCCUGAAUACAUGUACUGUCAUCAAGAAAAUUAUCCCUAAUCCCCCACCUUACUGUACCUCAACUCAGGACACAGUUCACAUGACCUGAUCUUCUUUGUUCUGUCUUAUCCCUUACUUUGUACUGUUAGUUGGCUGAAGAGGGUCCUAGUAUACCAACUCCAAGAUUUCAUCUUUUAUUUCUCCAAUGUAGGUUUUUACUUCAUUUACCAGUGUGACCAUUACACUUUUGGAAUAUCAUUAUGUUAUCACCUUGCCUAACAAUGCAAGUGUUACAUUUAUUUAUUACUGUAUUAUUUAAUUUACUAUUAUUUUAAAAUACUGUACUGUAUACAGUACAAUAUUUUCUUUAUUUCUAAGCCACAUUACAGUACUGUAUUGUAAUGAUGCACACUUGGAGCAUAGAAUCCCCAGUUAUUCCGAUUUCCCUCCCGAUUUUUUCCCAGUGAGUCGAAGAUCACUAAACCAAAAAUUUAUGAUUGUUAACCGAGAAAGGGUGCUGAAAUUUUUAAAUCGCUAAACCAAAAAAUCGCUAAGUGAACUAUUGUAAAGCAAGGGGUACCUGUAAAUGAAAAACAAACAAAUUCUUAGUU